GGUGGUCCGUGUUCCUCCGAUAGAUCUUCCUGAGGUUGGUGCGGAGUUGGCUGGGAAUGUCUUGGUGUCAGAUGAUGGGACGACCACAAACCGGGAUCCAGAUUAGAACGAAGCGGCCUUCGAGCCAAACCUUAUGCAGUUCUCUUAUGAAGAGCAGUGCCGUUCAUUCCUGGAGAGUCUUUGGCGUGAGUCGGACCUAGACGGGGUGUUCGGUGAGUUGGCUGAUCUUAUUCCGCCGGACGGGGAGGAGGGUGCCUCUCCUAAGGUGGCCAUGAUCAAAUCGCUGCUGGGGGAGGAGGGUGCCUCUCCUGAAGUGGCUCAACUCGAAGCGAUCCAACCGCCAAUGAGGGAGGAGGGUGCCUCUCCUAAGGUGGCCAUGAUCAAAUCGCUGAUGGAGGAGGAGGGUGCCUCUCCUAAGGCUGGUCAGAAGGUUGCCAAUUGGUCUGUCGAAAUACUAGCCCAUACCAUAACGGUAUUGAAGCGCUCUCAGCACGGGGAUGACCUGGCUGGUCAGCUGCUUCAGCUUGCUGAGCAGUUGCAAAAUGGUACGCUCAAUAAACGUGCAGGCGUGAUGCGUCUGUGCGAGGUCGCAUUACAACAGCGGGAUGGGUGUCUUGAGGCCUCAUAUGUCCUACAGUGCAUUCUCAGAAGGAAUCAGUCCGACUGCCUGAAUGCCGCGAUGGCGUUCUUGGACGUUGCCAAAGCGUUCGACACCGUGUCAUGUGACACAAUUAUACGAGCCGCAGCUGCACAUGGAGCCGCACCUGAGCUUCAGCGUUAUUUGCGUGUGUUAUACACCUCUUCAAGGUUGCUGCAUGGCAAUGAAGUAUUGGAAUGUCACAGAGGUGUGAGGCAGGGGGAUCUUCUGUCUCCUCUUUUCUUCAUCAUGGUAAUGGAUGAGGUGGUUGCUGCUACCGUGCCAAAUCGGGGGGGGGGGUGCGUCUUUGUGGCGAUGAGAUUGGCGUUGUCUGCGAAGCUGGUGGCUUUGCAGCAGUCACUUUCGGCGGCAGGUAUGUCGUUGAACGCCUCGAAGUGUCGGGCCAUUACGGUCCAAAAGCUCGGCAAACAGAAGUGCGUGGUCCUGGUGCCACAAGCUUAUCCCCUGCAGGGGGGUAAGGUCAGCCCAGUUGCGGUGACGGAUGAGAUUCGUUACCUUGGCCUACGCUUCAAAUGGAAGGGGAGAUGCCAGGUUAGAAGCACGGCUGUUCUUGCUGGGUGGUCCAACGAGAUCUCUCGUGCCCCAUUGAAACUGCAACAGCGUCUGGAUAUGGUGCGGGACUUCGGCUUUCCCAAAAUGCCUCAUGAGUUGGUUCUGGGGAACGCUCAUCGGAAUACUUUGCGGCAAAUGGAUAAGAUGGUGCGAUCCAAAGUGCGGGAGUGGAUGCGUUACCCCAAAGAUGUGUCGCUCCCUUUCUUUUACACGAGUCGAGGCCUGGGGGGUCUCGGCUUGCUGUCUUGGAGCAUCCUUGUUCCUUUUUCUCAAAGAGCCAAGUUCGGUCGUUUGUGUUCUUCGCCGUCCUCGUUGGUGCGGGGACUACUGGAGUCGGCAGCGUGCAAUGUUGACAUUCGGAGUGCUCAUGUUCCAGUCCGCCUGAUGGGGACUGUGAUGGAGGAUAAAAAGGCCGUGUAAGGUCUCUGGAGAGAAAAAACUUGAGUCGUCAUGUGAUUGCAAAGACUUGCAGCUGGACAAGCAAGACGCGGCGAGCAGCCAAUGGAUGUCAUCGGGCCGGAGGGUUUUCCCCCGCCUCUUCAUUCGUGUUACCAAGUUAAGGGGCGGACUUUUGCCAACCAAGGUGCGGAGUGCACGGGGGAUUUCCCGGAAGGUUGAUGAUGUCAAGUGCCGUGGUGGUUGUGGGGGACCUGAGUCUAUUGGGCACAUCUUGCAGAGAUGUUGUCUUACCCAUGAUGCCCGGUGCAUGAGACAUAAUCGAGUAGUACGUAAAAUUGCCUAGAUUGUCAAGCGAAAGCAUGCGACGGUAUAUGUUGAGCCCAUCAUUCUAUUACCGGUGAGCUACUGCAAACCAGACCUCAUUGUCUGUU